CUAAGGGCGCCCGUGUCCACGCACGCCGCAGGGGGUUCCCGCUGCGCCUGCUCAGUCCUGCCCCACCCCGCCCGCCGCGCCCUGAGGCCGCGCGGGAGCCCGGAAGCACUCGGACGGAGCUGGGACGCUGGCACCCGGAGGGCCGGGGGCGCCCAGGGCUGGCGGGAUCUCCAGGCAGGAUGGCUUUGGGAAUUUUUGCAAACUGUACCUUCUGUUUGAAAGUUAAAUAUUUACCUCGCCAGCAGAAGAAAAAACUACAGACUGACAUUAAGGAAAAUGGUGGAAAGUUUUCCUUCUUAUUAAAUCCUCAGUGCACACAUGUAAUCUUGGACAAUGCUGAUGUCCUGAGCCACUAUCAACUCAAAUCUAUCCUAAAGAAUGGCAUCCAUAUGGCAAACCCAAGUUUCAUAUGGGAAUCUGUCAAAGAAAGAAGACUCUUGGAUGUGAAGAAUUAUGAUCCUAAUAAGUCACAGGACUUUACCACAACUCCAGAUGAAAAGACUAGCAUUUCUGAAGUGGCAAGAGAAGAUCUAGCCUUGGACAACGCCCCAGAGAAUGAAAACAUCACAGUCACUGAGGUUUGUGCAGAGAAUGCGGAAACUCUUCAUUUUCCUCAGGACUUUGAAGUUGCAAAAUAUAACGUCUUGGAAAAAGUUGGUGUAGACAGACGUCAUGAGACCGUAGUGGUGGAACUGCAGUGCUCCCAGGUCCCCAGAGACUGUCCAUUUGGGAUUUCUGCACACUUCCUCCUGACUGACAGCAUGCAGACUAGAAGAGAGAUCACUGUAAAGCAAACCUCUGAAGGUGCAAGUGAAUAUUAUGAAAAUUACAUUGAAGAUCUGAAGAGAAAAGGAUUUCUGCUCAGAGAAGACUUUACACCUGCAGCAACCCAAUUAGCAUCUGAAAAAUUACAAGCAUUGCUUUUGGAGGAGGUCAUAGAUUCAAGCUCUCUGAGCCAGGAGGUGAGCGAUUUUGUGGAGAUGAUUUGGGCAGAAACUCUGGGUCAUCUGGAGCACACACUUCUCAAGCCUGUGAACAGGAUGAGCCUCAAUGAUGUGAGUAAGGCAGAGGGGAUUCUCCUUCUAGUAAAGACUGCACUGAGAAAUGGAGAAACGACAGAGAAAUUGCAAGAAAAGAUGGCUGAGUUCUACAGACUGAUACCCCACACGCAUCCAGAAGCUGAAGAAAUUAACUUGAGACUAUUAGCUAAGAAAGAGGACCUAUGCCAGCUAAUAAGAGACAUGGUGAAUGUUUGUGAAACUCAUUUGUUCAAACCCAGCCCACCAUCUCUUGCCAAAUACCGAGCUUUGAGAUGCAAAAUUGAAAAUGUUGAACAGAAUACUGAAGAAUUUUCCAGGGUUAGAAAAGAAGUGUUGCAGAAUCAUCACAGUUCUUCCAGUGAUGGUCCAGUAGACAUCUUGCGGAUAUUUAGGGUUGGAAGAGUAAAUGAAACCACUGAAUUUUUGAGUAAACUGGGCAACGUGCGGCCCUUGUUGCAUGGCUCUCCUGUGCGAAACAUUGUUGGAAUCUUGUCCCGAGGGUUGCUUUUACCUAAAGUUGUUGAAGAUCGAGGUGUACAAAGAACAGAUGUUGGAAAUCUGGGGAGCGGGAUUUACUUCAGUGACUCUCUCAGUACGAGCAUAAAGUACUCACACCCCGGAGAGACAGAUGGCUCCAGACUCCUGGUCAUCUGUGAUGUUGCCCUGGGAAAGUGUAUGGACUUAUUCAAGAAGGACUUUUCUUUAACUGAGGCACCACCUGGCUAUGACAGUGUGCAUGGAGUUUCAGAAACAGCCUCUGUCCCCACAGACUUUGAGGAUGAUGAAUUUGUUGUCUAUAAAACAAAUCAGGUUAAAAUGAAAUACAUUGUUAAAUUUUGCUUGCCUGGAGACAGAAUAAAGGAUUUUCAUCUCCAUGAAAAUCCUGAGUUAGAGGAGCACAGACCUGAGCUUCCAAAUGUUUCAAAGGUUGAAGAUUACCAGUUACCAGACACCAAGCCUUCCAGCAACGUCAAAGCUGGCCUUCAGGAUGCCUCUGGAAAUUCUAUUCCUCUUGGGAAUGUUCACAUCAAGGGAAAAAUAAUAGACUUUGUUGCCCAGAUCAUUGUUUUUCAGACAUACACAAAUGAAAGUCAUGUGCCUAUUGAGGCAAAAUACAUCUUUCCUUUGGAUGAUAAGGCAGCUGUGUGUGGCUUCGAGGCAUUCAUCAAUGGGAAGCACAUAGUUGGUGAGAUUAAAGAGAAGGAAGAAGCCCAGGAGAAAUACCGAGAAGCUAUCAGCCAAGGUCAUGGUGCUUACUUGAUGGAUCAGGAUGCUCCGGAUGUUUUCACUGUAAGUGUGGGAAACUUACCUCCUCGGGCUAAGGUUCUCAUCAAAAUCACCUAUAUCACAGAGCUCAGCAUCCAAGGCCCUGUGGCCAUCUUCUUCAUGCCUGCCACUGUAGCACCCUGGCAACAGGACAAGGCUUUGAAUGAAAACCUUCAGGAUACAGUAAAGAAGAUUUGUAUAAAGGAAAUGGGAACAAAACAAAGCUUCUCCUUAGCUAUGUCCAUUGAGAUGCCAUAUGUGAUUGAAUUCAUUUCCAGUGACACACAUGAACUAAAACAAAAGAGCACCGACUGCAAAGCUGUGAUUAGCACGGUAGAAGGCAGCUCCUUAGACAGCAGCGGAUUUUCUCUCCACAUUGGUUUGUGUGAUGCGUAUCUCCCAAGAAUGUGGGUUGAAAAACAUCCAGAAAAAGAAAGUGAGGCUUGCAUGCUUGUCUUUCAACCAGAUCUUGACGCCAGCCUUCCUGGCCUCAGCGAAAAGAAUGAAGUGAUUAUUUGUCUUGAUUGCUCCAGUUCCAUGGAGGGUGUGACAUUCAUGCAAGCCAAGCAAAUCGCCCUGUAUGCUGUGUCCUUGGUUGGUGAGGAUCAAAAAGUAAACAUAAUACAGUUUGGCACAGGUUACAAAGAGUUAUUUUCAUAUCCUAAGUACAUCACGAGCAAUAAAAUGGUGACAGAGUUCAUUAUGUCUGCUGCACCGACCAUGGGGAAUACAGACUUGUGGAAAAUUCUCCGAUAUUUAAGUUUCCUGUACCCUUCUCAAGGGUUACGGAACAUUCUCCUCAUAUCUGAUGGGCACCUCCAGAGUGAGAGUCUGACAUUGCAGCUCGUGAAAAGAAAUGUCCAUCACACCAGGGUGUUCACCUGUGCUGUCGGUUCUACAGCAAAUUGUCACAUCUUAAGGACCUUGUCCCAGUGUGGUGCCGGAGUAUUUGAAUAUUUUAACUCAAAAUCGAAGCACAUUUGGAAAAAACAGAUAGAAGCCCAAAUAACCAGGUCACGUUCCCCAAGUUGCCACUCUGUCUCCAUCAAAUGGCAGCAGCUUAGCAGAGAUGCGCCCGAGCCUCUGCAGGCACCAGCUUGGGUGCCAUCCUUGUUUCAUAAUGAUCGCCUCCUUGUCUACGGAUUUAUUCCUCAUUGUACACAGGCAACUCUGUGUGCACUCAUCCAAGAGAAAGAAUUCUGUACAAUGGUGUCAACUACUGAGCUUCAGAAGACAACUGGAACUGUAAGAUUCUAA